CUACUUUCACGUGGGCAGAGCUGGCACGCUGCGCAAGCGUCAUUUUGAUGGGAAAUUCGAUACACAUUUGCUUCACAACUCAACGAGGAGUCAUACCGAUAAGAUGGCGAACCGCAGCCCCGCUAUCAAACAUACUAAGUUGUUCAUCAACAACGAAUGGAUCGAGGCUGAAAGUGGUAGAACGUUUCAGACGAUUGACCCAGCCACCGAGAAUGUUAUUGCGAACAUAUCAGAAGCUGAUAAAGCUGACGUUGAUAAGGCUGUUUCGGCUGCCUUAAAAGCAUUUGCAAGAGACGCGCCAUGGCGUACUAUGGAUGCUUCGAGCAGAGCCUUACUGAUGAACAAGCUCGCUGAUCUUAUCGAAAGAGACAUCAACCAUAUCGCGAGCCUGGAAUCUCUGGAUAAUGGGAAGACAUUUGCCAACGCUGUCUUAGACGUACAAGGUUCCGUCGCCGUAAUCCGUCACUAUGCCGGUUGGUGCGACAAAAUUCAUGGGAACACGAUACCCGCAGACGGAAAUCACUUUUCUCUGACCCGCAAGGAACCGGUAGGCGUCGUGGGGCAAAUUAUUCCCUGGAAUUAUCCUCUGGCCAUGUUAUCCUGGAAAUGGGGUCCAGCAUUAGCCGCUGGUUGUACCAUUGUAUUGAAACCGGCGGAACAAACACCUUUGACCGCUCUCUACGUAGCUUCUCUAGUUCAGGAAGCAGGUUUUCCUGCAGGAGUUAUCAACGUCCUUCCAGGAUACGGACCUACUGCCGGGGCGGCGAUCGCCGAACACCCGGACAUUAACAAAGUCGCCUUUACCGGUUCUACUGAGGUCGGCCAUCUGAUAAUGGCAGCAGCGGCGAAGACUAAUUUGAAACGCGUGAGUUUGGAACUCGGAGGAAAGAGUCCUCUUGUUAUAUUCGACGACUUUGAUGUCAACGAAGCCGCAGAUAUCGCGCACGCUGCGCUAUUCGACAAUCACGGACAAAGUUGUUGCGCUGGUUCGCGUACGUACGUUCAAGCCGGAAUCUACGACGCAUUUGUAGCUCGAGCAAAAGAAUUGGCUAUUCAAAGGAAGGUUGGAGAUCCGUUCGGUUCCGACGUCGUACAGGGACCUCAAAUUGACAAGGAUCAGCUCGACAAAAUCACGGCACUCGUGGAGUCUGGAAAACAGCAAGGUGCGACCGUCCAAACUGGAGGUGCGCGCCAUGGAAAUGUUGGAUUUUUCUUUCAGCCUACCGUGUUUUCCAAUGUUACUGACGAUAUGAGAAUCGCCAAGGAAGAGAUUUUCGGACCGGUGCAAUCGAUCUUCAAGUUCAACACCCUGGAGGAAGUAAUCAAACGUGCUAAUAAUACGACAUAUGGUCUUGCCGCUGGGGUACUAACGAACGAUAUCAACAAGGCUCUAACUUUCGCGAAGGCGGUCCAGGCUGGAUCCGUUUGGAUAAACUGCUACGACGGUAUUACCCCGCAAACACCGUUCGGCGGUUACAAGAAAUCUGGAAUCGGGAGAGAACUUGGCGAGGAUGGGCUGCACGAUUAUCUCGAAGUCAAAACGAUCACAAUCAAAACACCCACCAAAAAUUGAACGGACUUAUAAUCACGAAUGGAAAGUUUUGUACUUUUUAUAACCAGUUUAUUUUACCGCUGAAAUGAAUACUUGCAUAAAAAAAAAAUAAAAAAAAAAAAGAUACAAGAAAA